AUGGAGACCCGCUGGCGCCUGGCUUGGGGGGAAUCCCGAGAUUCCAGGGCAGCCAGCGAGGUGCUGGGUCCUCAACUCGAAGACUCCAGGAGGCCUGAUGCGGACCCAGUUCUCACUCCGGCAGCGAGGUCGGGGUCGUCGUUCUGGUCCGCACACAGCAGCAGAGUUAGCACAACCAGUGGCAGCAGCCGUGUGUGCAGUGGGCCACGUCCUUCGCCAGAACCUGACAAGGAAACCAAGCAGUCGGAUCUAUCCUUGCCUGAAGAAUGGGAGACCAGGCUGGCAAACACUAUGACGCUUCGCACGGUCCAAAACACCAUGAAGCAUGCCCAUCAGCUCCUGCAGCUGCUGACACACAGAUACGGCUCCAGCAGCCCUGUCCACAUCUCCUGUUGGGAGGGAUCGAUAGAGAAAGUCGCAGCUUCGACCAAGCGGUCCAAAGCGACGGUGGUCAAACUGCAUUCACGUCAGCGCGAGCUGACCCCACUUCACAUUGCAGCCCUAUGUGGUCAUGCGGACGUGGUCGACUUCCUUUUGCAGUUGGACGCUGAUCCAAAUCUUGCAGGCGUGUAUAAUUAUCGGGCGUUGCACAUCGCUUCCUCUUCCAGCCCUGCGAUUGUGCAGCUCCUGUUGGAUGCGGCUGCAAGCCCUGCUGCUCUGACGGACGAGGCGGACACCCCUCUCCAUCUCGCAUGCGGUUAUCAGCAGCUGCCCACCAUCGAGCUUCUUCUGAAGGCUCUGGCUGACCCAUCAGCUGCGAACAACUUCGGGGUAACCCCGCUUCACAGCGCUGCGGCGACAGCAGCACUGGAAGAGUGUGACGUGCGUGAGGCCAAAGCAGUGCUUCUGUUGUGCAGCGGUGGAGCUGACAUCAACGCGCGAGAUCGGCAAGGCAAGACCCCAGCAGCCGUGGCUCGCAUGGCCGGUGCUGCUGCAAGUCUGGUGACUUUCUUGCAGGCUGGUGCCGGCUCCCAGCUGGGUUUCGUGCUGCCCGGCUCUCCUUCUCACUCAAGCAGCGAGGCAAGUGUGGCGAGGGUGAAGCGAUGGGCAAGUGACUUGCUUCUCGAGGGUGGGCAGCGCCGGGAUGGCAACGAGGACCAGGAGCAAAGGAUCUCCUACGUCAAGGAGCUGGAACUGGAGAAUGCCCAGCUCAAAAAAACGGUGCGGCAGCUGCAGCAUGAUCUCAGCGAAGCCCAGAUCAAUGUACAGCUACUGAGAGACUCCCUGGAUGUUCAGGCUUUGAAAGCUCCGUAUCCCAAGGAUACGGAGCAUCGACUUGUUGACAUGGAACGGCGCCUAAAACAGGCGUGUGUGCGCUUCCAAGCAUUUGACGAGGAACGACAGAGCUGGGAACAGGAACGCGAAGCCUUCAGGAGUCAGAUCGCAUCGGCAAGACAAGUGGAGAGAACGCAGCGGAUGGAUCAAGUGGAUGCAGAGAGCGUGUCCAUGGGCGCCGUCCGCAGUCCCGCUCUCCUCGCGAGCACGUCCAUUCUCGGGCUGGCAGUCAUCCUGCUUUUCUACUUUUUAAGACGGAAGCGUACAAGCGCCAAGAUCCCAGCGGAUGGCCUCUUCGACUUGCAGCUGCUGGGAAGGUUUAACGGCGUGACGGGACCAAUUUUCAUGGGCGUUUGUGGCAAAGUCGUGAAUGUGUCCAGCAGCGAGAACAUCACUGUUGGCGAGGGCUACGGGCGACUCUGGGCGGGCAAGGAUGCGACCUUUGCCUUGGCCACGCUUUCCUUGAAGCCAGAGGAUGCAAACAAACUCGACUUCACCUUGGCUCAGUUCACUGAAGACCAGCGAAAGGCUCUUGCCGGCUGGUACAAGCACUUCACUGUGAAAUAUCCUGUUGUCGGCCGUCUUCGGGAAUAUGACGGCUGGGACUUCUCAGAAAUCGAGAAGCAGGCAGAAAAGGAAACCCCGUUUGGUUUGGGAAAGGAGGAGCAGAAGGCAGCCACCGGUGCAGACGAACCUGUCCUGCUAAGACCUGGCGACAAGGUCAAGCUGCAGUCUACGGCAGAUGACAAGCUGGAUGGGAAGAUUGGUGUGCUCAGAAAACUUGAUGCCGCCACUGGCAAAUUCGAGGUCGCUCUGGUGGAUGAGGACUCUUCUGUGCUGGUCAAGCCAAAUCAGAUUUCCAAGAUCUGA